GCGGAGAUGGUGAACAAAGCACUACAGCUUCAGAGAAACUUCCUCAAAAUGGCCACCACACACCAGGAGCCUGCUCAGGUAAGGAUGAUAUGUGCAAUUGCUUGGAGGACUGUUCUGAAUGCAAAUACCCAAAGCAAGUAAAACAAAUUAGUAUGGAUCAGGACUACGGGCCAACUGCACUUCAGCAGAGUUAUCUAAUGUGGACUUACAGUUGAAGUCGGAAGUUUACAUACACUUAGGUUGGAGUCAUUAAAACUCGUUUUUCAACCACUCCACACAUUUCUUGUUAACAAACUAUAGUAUUGGCAAGUCGGUUAAGACAUCUACUUUGUGCAUGACACAAGUCAUUUUUCCAACAAUUGUUUACAGACAGAUUAUUUCACUUAUAAUUCACUGUAUCACAAUUCCAGCGGGUCAGAAGUUUACAUACACUAAGUUGACUGUGCCUUUAAACAGCUUGUAAAAUUCCAGAAAAGGAUGUUAUGGCUUUAGAAGCUUCUGAUAGGCUAAUUGACAUCAUUUGAGUCAAUUGGAGGUCUACCUGUGGAUGUAUUUCAAGGCCUACCUUCAAACUCAGUGCCUCUUUGCUUGACAUCAUGGGAAAAUGAAAAGAAAUCAGCCAAGACCUCAGAAAAAGAUUGUAGACCUCCACAAGUCUGGUUCAUCCUGGGGAGCAAUUUCCAAACGCCUGAAGGUACCACGUUCAUCUGUACAAACAAUAGUACGCAAGUAUAAAGACCAUGGGACCACGCAGCCGUCAUACCGCUCAGGAAGGAGACGCGUUCUGUCUCCUAGAGAUGAAUGUACUUUGGUGUGAACAGUGCAAAUCAAUCCCAGAACAACAGCAAAGGACCUUGUGAAGAUGCUGGAGGAAACGUGUACAAAAGUAUCUAUAUCCACAGUAAAACAAGUCCUAUAUCGACAUAACCUGAAAGGCCGUUCAGCAAGGAAGAAGCCACUCCUCCAAAACCGCCAUAAAAAAGCCAGACUACGGUUUGCAACUGCACAUGGGGACAAAGAUCGUACUUUUUGGAGAAAUGUCCUCUGGUCUGAUGAAACAAAAAUAGAACUGUUUGGCCAUAAUGACCAUCGUUAUGUUUGGAGGAAAAAGGGGGACGCUUGCAAGCCGAAGAACACCAUCCCAACAGUGAAGCAUGGGGGUGGCAGCAUCAUGCUGUGGGGGUGCUUUGCUGCAGGAGGGACUGGUGCACAUCACAAAAUAGAUGGCAUCACGAGGAAGGAAAAUUAUGUGGAUAUAUUGAAGCAACAUCUCAAGACAUCAGUCAGGAAGUUAAAGCUUGGUCGCAAAUGGGUCUUCCAAAUGGACAAUGACCCCAAGCAUACUUCCAAAGUUGUGGCAAAAUGGCUUAAGAGCAACAAAGUCAAGGUAUUGGAGUGGCCAUCACAAAGCCCUGAUCUCAAUCCUAUAGAAAAUGUGUGGGCAGAACUGAAAUAGUGUUUGCGAGCAUGGAGGCCUACUAACCUGACUCAGUUACACCAGCUCUGUCAGGAGGAAUGGGCCAAAAUUCACCCAACUUAUUGUGGGAAGCUUGUGGAAGGCUACCCGAAACGUUUCACCCAAGUUAAACAAUUUAAAGGCAAUGCUACGAAAUACUAAUUGAGUGUAUGUAAACUUCUGACCCACUGGGAAUGUGAUGAAAGAAAUAAAAGCUGAAAUAAAUCAUUCUCUCAACUAUUAUUCUGACAUUUCACAUUCUUAAAAUAAAGUGGUGAUCCUAACUGACCUAAAACAGGGAAUACAUUACUAGGAUUAAAUGUCAGGAAUUGUGAAAAACUGAGUUUCAAUGUAUUUGGCUGAAGUGUAUGUAAACUUCCGACUUCAACUGUAUCUCCUUUACUUAAUGUAGCCAGUGUCACCCAUUUCAGUGUCGCAGUAUCGCCCUUUUUAGUAUCGCCCAUUUCAGUAGCGCCCAUUUCAGUAGCGCCCAUUUGAGUACUGCCCAUUUGAGUACUGCCCAUUUCAGUACUGCCCAUUUCAGUACUGCCCAUUUCAGUACUGCCCAUUUCAGUAUAGCCCAUUUCAGUAUCGCCCAUUUCAGUAUCGCCCAUUUCAGUAUCGCCCAUUUCAGUAUCGCCCAUUUCAGGAUCACCUUUUCCAGAGUUUCAGCAGCAGCCUUUUCCUCUCUGUCUUUCCUGUGCUGCUGGGCCAGUGGGCAGCCAUGCGGCGCCCCGGAGCUCCACUCACAUAGGAUUACCCCUUUUUAAAAAGAACGCUAAUACAACACAUUCCCAACGCAUUCACGUAUGGGGAAGGGAGGGGGGAAAGGGGGUGAAAGGGAGGGGGUAUGGAGAGGAAGAGGGGUUAACGUGUUAUCAUCCCGUCAGCCUUCAGUUUGUAUUGAACCAGGGGGGAGCUCAGAGCUGUACAGGAAGUGAUUAACUCAUAUCUCGCAGGUCAUUGGUCAAGAGGCAGUGAGAGAGAAUUCACCAAUUGUCUGAUACACAAACAAGGAGGAAGGGUUUAAACAGAGGGAGACAAGGGAGAGGAAGGGAGUAAGAGAGCAGGGGAAGGGAGAGGGAUGAGAGGACAAGAGGGUGGGUAAAUAGUUUCAUGUCCUGUAUCUUUACUGUAGUCUGUAGAGAGGCUGUAGAGAGCCUGUAGCGAGACUGUAGCCUGUAGAGAGCCUGUAGAGAGACUGUAGCCUGUAGAGAGCCUGUAGAGAGACUGUAGCCUGUAGAGAGCUUGUAGAGAGACUGUAGCCUGUAGAGAGCCUGUAGCCUGUAGAGAGCCUGUAGAGAGCCUGUAGAGAGCCUGUAGAGAGCCUGUUGAGAGACUGUAGCCUGUAGAGAGCUUGUAGAGAGACUGUAGCCUGUAGAGAGACUGUAGCCUGUAGAGAGCCUGUAGAGAGACUGUAGCCUGUAGAGAGCCUGUAGAGAGACUGUAGCCUGUAGAGAGCCUGUAGCCUGUAGAGAGCUUGUAGAGAGACUGUAGCCUGUAGAGAGCCUGUAGCCUGUAGAGAGCCUGUAGAGAGCCUGUAGAGAGACUGUAGCCUGUAGAGAGCCUGUAGAGAGACUGUAGCCUGUAGAGAGCCUGUAGAGAGCCUGUAGAGAGACUGGAGCCUGUAGAGAGCCUAUAGAGAGACUGUAGCCUGUAGAGAGCCUGUAGAGAGUCUGUAGAGAGAAUGUAGCCUGUAGAGAGCCUGUAGAGAGACUGUAGCCUGUAGAGAGCCUGUAGAGAGACUGUAGCCUGUAGAGAGCUUGUAGCCUGUAGAGAGCCUGUAGAAAGCCUGUAGCCUGUAGAAAGCUUGUAGAGAGACUGUAGUCUGUAGAGAGCCUGUAGAGAGACUGUAGCCUGUAGAAAGCCUGUAGAGAGACUGUAGCCUGUAGAGAGCUUGUAGAGAGACUGUAGCCUGUAGAGAGCUUGUAGCCUGUAGAGAGCCUGUAGAGAGCCUGUAGAGAGACUGUAGAGAGCCUGUAGCCUGUAGAGAGCCUGUAGAGAGCCUGUAGAGAGCCUGUAGAGAGACUGUAGCCUGUAGAGAGCCUGUAGAGAGACGGUAGCCUGUAGAGAGCCUGUAGAGAGACUGUAGCCUGUAGAGAGCCUGUAGAGAGACUGUAGCCUGUAGAGAGCCUGUAGAGAGACUGUAGCCUGUAGAAAGCCUGUAGAGAGACUGUAGCCUGUAGAGAGCCUGUAGAGAGCUUGUAGAGAGACUGUAGCCUGUAGAGAGCCUGUAGAAAGCCUGUAGCCUGUAGAGAGCCUGUAGAGAGUCUGUAGCCUGUAGAGAGCCUGUAGAAAGCCUGUAGAGAGCUUGUAGAGAGACUGUAGCCUGUAGAGAGCCUGUAGAGAGACUGUAGCCUGUAGAGAGCUUGUAGCCUGUAGAGAGCCUGUAGAGAGCCUGUAGAAAGCCUGUAGCCUGUAGAGAGCUUGUAGAGAGACUGUAGCCUGUAGAGAGCCUGUAGAGAGACUGUAGCCUGUAGAGAGCUUGUAGAGAGCCUGUAGAGAGACUGUAGCCUGUAGAGAGCCCGUAGAAAGCCUGUAGCCUGUAGAGAGACUGUAGCCUGUAGAAAGCCUGUAGAGAGACUGUAGCCUGUAGAGAGCCUGUAGAGAGACUGUAGCCUGUAGAGAGCCUGUAGAGAGACUGUAGCCUGUAGAGAGCCUGUAGAGAGCCUGUAGAGAGACUGUAGCCUGUAGAGAGCCUGUAGAGAGAAUGUAGCCUGUAGAGAGCCUGUAGAGAGACUGUAGCCUGUAGAGAGCCUGUAGAGGGCCUGUAGAGAGACUGUAGCCUGUAGAGAGCCUGUAGAGAGACUGUAGCCUGUAGAGAGCCUGUAGGGAGUCUGUAGAGAGAAUGUAGCCUGUAGAGAGCCUGUAGAGAGACUGUAGCCUGUAGAGAGCCUGUAGAGAGACUGUAGCCUGUAGAGAGCUUGUAGAGAGACUGUAGCCUGUAGAGAGCCUGUAGCCUGUAGAGAGCCUGUAGAGAGACUGUAGCCUGUAGAGAGCCUGUAGAGAGACUGUAGCCUGUAGAGAGCCUGUAGAGAGCCUGUAGAGAGACUGUAGCCUGUAGAGAGCCUGUAGAGAGCCUGUAGAGAGUCUGUAGAGAGAAUGUAGCCUGUAGAGAGCCUGUAGAGAGACUGUAGCCUGUAGAGAGCCUGUAGAGAGACUGUAGCUUGUAGAGAGACUGUAGCCUGUAGAGAGCUUGUAGCCUGUAGAGAGCCUGUAGAAAGCCUGUAGCCUGUAGAGAGCUUGUAGAGAGACUGUAGCCUGUAGAGAGCUUGUAGCCUGUAGAGAGCCUGUAGAGAGACUGUAGAGAGCCUGUAGCCUGUAGAGAGCCUGUAGAGAGACUGUAGCCUGUAGAGAGCCUGUAGAGAGCCUGUAGAGAGACUGUAGCCUGUAGAGAGCCUGUAGAGAGACUGUAGCCUGUAGAGAGCCUGUAGAGAGACUGUAGAGAGCCUGUAGCCUGUAGAGAGCCUGUAGAGAGACUGUAGCCUGUAGAGAGCCUGUAGAGAGCCUGUAGAGAGACUGUAGCCUGUAGAGAGCCUGUAGAGAGACUGUAGCCUGUAGAGAGCCUGUAGAGAGACUGUAGCCUGUAGAGACACUGUAGAGAGACUGUAGCCUGUAGAAAGCCUGUAGAGAGACUGUAGCCUGUAGAGAGCCCGUAGAGAGCUUGUAGAGAGACUGUAGCCUGUAGAGAGCCUGUAGAAAGCCUGUAGCCUGUAGAGAGCCUGUAGAAAGCCUGUAGCCUGUAGAGAGCUUGUAGAGAGACUGUAGCCUGUAGAGAGCCUGUAGAGAGACUGUAGCCUGUAAAGAGCCUGUAGAAAGCCUGUAGCGAGCUUGUAGCCUGUAGAGAGACUGUAGCCUGUAGAAAGCCUGUAGAGAGACUGUAGCCUGUAGAGAGCCUGUAGAGAGACUGUAGCCUGUAGAGAGACUGUAGCCUGUAGAAAGCCUGUAGCCUGUAGAGAGCCUGUAGCCUGUAGAGAGCCUGUAGAGAGCCUGUAGCCUGUAGAGAGCCUGUAGAGAGACUGUAGCCUGUAGAGAGCCUGUAGAGAGCCUGUAGAAAGCCUGUAGCCUGUAGAGAGCUUGUAGAGAGACUGUAGCCUGUAGAGAGCCUGUAGAGAGACUGUAGCCUGUAGAGAGCUUGUAGAGAGCCUGUAGAGAGACUGUAGCCUGUAGAGAGCCCGUAGAAAGCCUGUAGCCUGUAGAGAGACUGUAGCCUGUAGAAAGCCUGUAGAGAGACUGUAGCCUGUAGAGAGCCUGUAGAGAGACUGUAGCCUGUAGAGAGCCUGUAGAGAGACUGUAGCCUGUAGAGAGCCUGUAGAGAGACUGUAGCCUGUAGAGAGCCUGUAGAGAGCCUGUAGAGAGACUGUAGCCUGUAGAGAGCCUGUAGAGAGAAUGUAGCCUGUAGAGAGCCUGUAGAGAGACUGUAGCCUGUAGAGAGCCUGUAGAGGGCCUGUAGAGAGACUGUAGCCUGUAGAGAGCCUGUAGAGAGACUGUAGCCUGUAGAGAGCCUGUAGGGAGUCUGUAGAGAGAAUGUAGCCUGUAGAGAGCCUGUAGAGAGACUGUAGCCUGUAGAGAGCCUGUAGAGAGACUGUAGCCUGUAGAGAGCUUGUAGAGAGACUGUAGCCUGUAGAGAGCCUGUAGCCUGUAGAGAGCCUGUAGAGAGACUGUAGCCUGUAGAGAGCCUGUAGAGAGACUGUAGCCUGUAGAGAGCCUGUAGAGAGCCUGUAGAGAGACUGUAGCCUGUAGAGAGCCUGUAGAGAGCCUGUAGAGAGCCUGUAGAGAGUCUGUAGAGAGAAUGUAGCCUGUAGAGAGCCUGUAGAGAGACUGUAGCCUGUAGAGAGCCUGUAGAGAGACUGUAGCUUGUAGAGAGACUGUAGCCUGUAGAGAGCUUGUAGCCUGUAGAGAGCCUGUAGAAAGCCUGUAGCCUGUAGAGAGCUUGUAGAGAGACUGUAGCCUGUAGAGAGCUUGUAGCCUGUAGAGAGCCUGUAGAGAGACUGUAGAGAGCCUGUAGCCUGUAGAGAGCCUGUAGAGAGACUGUAGCCUGUAGAGAGCCUGUAGAGAGCCUGUAGAGAGACUGUAGCCUGUAGAGAGCCUGUAGAGAGACUGUAGCCUGUAGAGAGCCUGUAGAGAGACUGUAGAGAGCCUGUAGCCUGUAGAGAGCCUGUAGAGAGACUGUAGCCUGUAGAGAGCCUGUAGAGAGCCUGUAGAGAGACUGUAGCCUGUAGAGAGCCUGUAGAGAGACUGUAGCCUGUAGAGAGCCUGUAGAGAGACUGUAGCCUGUAGAGACACUGUAGAGAGACUGUAGCCUGUAGAAAGCCUGUAGAGAGACUGUAGCCUGUAGAGAGCCCGUAGAGAGCUUGUAGAGAGACUGUAGCCUGUAGAGAGCCUGUAGAAAGCCUGUAGCCUGUAGAGAGCCUGUAGAAAGCCUGUAGCCUGUAGAGAGCUUGUAGAGAGACUGUAGCCUGUAGAGAGCCUGUAGAGAGACUGUAGCCUGUAAAGAGCCUGUAGAAAGCCUGUAGCCUGUAGAGAGCUUGUAGCCUGUAGAGAGACUGUAGCCUGUAGAAAGCCUGUAGAGAGACUGUAGCCUGUAGAGAGCCUGUAGAGAGACUGUAGCCUGUAGAGACACUGUAGAGAGACUGUAGCCUGUAGAAAGCCUGUAGAGAGACUGUAGCCUGUAGAGAGCCUGUAGAGAGACUGUAGCCUGUAGAAAGCCUGUAGCCUGUAGAGAGCCUGUAGCCUGUAGAGAGCCUGUAGAGAGCCUGUAGCCUGUAGAGAGCCUGUAGAGAGACUGUAGCCUGUAGAGAGCCUGUAGAGAGACUGUAGCCUGUAGAGAGCUUGUAGAGAGACUGUAGCCUGUAGAGAGCUUGUAGAGAGACUGUAGCCUGUAGAGAGCCUGUAGAGAGACUGUAGCCUGUAGAGAGCUUGUAGCCUGUAGAGAGCCUGUAGAGAGCCUGUAGCCUGUAGAGAGAUCCUCAUCUCUGUGAGACUUUGGCUGACGAUCCAGAACUGAUGAUCCAGAACUGACCAUUCUCAAAUUGGAGAAUCAUUGAUUUUACCAAAUCAAAACAAAAGAUAAUUGUCAAUCAAUAUACCCCUAGAGAAACACCUACUACAGUACCACACAGACAUGGACACAUUUUCACUUGUACAUAGUUUUAUAUCAACCUCAAUCAUGGCCUUUGUUUUCCAUUUGGAGCAGCCUCUGGUGGAAAAGUGAUUGUGACUAUGUACAGCUCUCCCAUAGGGACCCCAGAGCCGCCGAUAAACCUCUGGCUUUUCUCUUCGCCCCGCCGGACCGGAGUUGUGCUCUGUGGCUUUUUAUGGGCAUGUUCUAUAUUAGAGACGCUCCUGUGUGUGUGUGUGUGUGUGUGUGUGUGUGUGUGUGUGUGUGUGUGUGUGUGUGUGUGUUUGUGUGUGUGUGUGUGUCUGUUUGAAGCUGGGCUCACGUGAGGCCUAUCACUCUGUGUGUCUGUGUGUCUUUGUGUGUGUGUGUGUGUCUCACACUACAGCUGUCUUGCCUCGACAGCCCUCUGCUCUGCUGUGAGGCUUUACACUGUAGAAUCCCACCAUUGGUUUCUCCUUGGUCACUUUCCACUGGGAGCUUUGAUCUCAUGUUUGCAUUAUAGCUCAGAGCCUGGUCAUUAUAGCUCAGAGCCUGGCCAGUCAGUGAAUGUCAGAAUAGGGGACGCCAAGCCAUCGUAUCAGAUAGAGUAUGCUUAUAUGGUACAGAUCAAAUAACUUGAUGCUACGCUUUGAUCCUUUUUUUCUCUUCUACUUUCUCUCUCCCUCUCUUUCGGUCUAACUCUCUGUACCAUCUCUUUCUGUCCAACUCUCUGUACCAUCUCUUUCCUUCUUUUUCUGUCCAGCUCUCUGUACCAUGUCUUUCCCUCUCUUUCUAACUCUCUCUACCAUCUCUUUCCCUCUCUUUCUAACUCUCUGUACCAUCUCUUUCCCUCUCUUUCUAACUCUCUCUACCAUCUCUUUCCCUCUCUUUCUAACUCUCUGUACCAUCUCUUUCCCUCUCUUUCUGUCUAACUCAGUAUGAAAAAUGUAUGCACUCACUAACUGUAAGUCGCUCUGGAUAAGAGUGUCUGCUAAAUGACUAAAAUGUAAAAUGUAACUCUCUGUACCAUCUCUCUCCCUCUCUUUCAGUCUAACUCGCACUAUCAUCUCUCUUUCUGUCUAACUCUCUCUCUUCCAUCUCCUUCUUUCUCUUUCCCCUUUUUCUUCCAUCUCUCUCUCUCAUUGAUAUUCUUUCUCAGUGAAUGGUGUGUAAUGUAGGCCCCUGACCCACUCAUAGCCUGGAGAUAUCCUGGCUAUUUAUGUCUCUCUCCAUUGGAAGUGGAGGAUGAUUGAGACGGGGGAAGUCCAGAUUCACUCAGGGAAUUAGGGGUUUCUGUCAUCAAGCUGUCAUCAAGGCAAAGGGUGGCUAUUUGAAGAAUCUCAAAUAUAAAAUAUAUUUGGAUUUGUUUAACACUUUUUUGCUUACUACAUGAUUCCAUAUGUGUUAUUUCAUAGUUUUGAUGUCUUCACUAUUAUUCUACAAUGUAAAAAAUAUUCAAAAUAAAGGAAAACCCUUGAAUGGGUAGGUGUUCUAAAACUUUUGACCGGUAGUGUAGACUGAAAGAUAUGUACUCACAGACUAAACCUCCUGGAAAACCUCCUGGACCUUAUCGUCAUCACAGAUAUAUUAGUCAGGAAAACCUCCUUGACCUUAUCAUCUUGACUUUUUCCACAUUUUGUUACGUUACAGCCUUAUUCUAAAAUUGAUUAAAUAUUUUUUUCCCUCAUCAAUCUACACACAAUACCCCAUAAUGAUAAAGCGAAAACAGGUUUUUAGAAAUGUUAGCAAAUUUAUAACAAAUAAAAAACGGAAAUACCAAUUUACAUAAGUAUUCAGGCCCUUUGCUAUGAGACUCGAAAUUGAGCUCAGGUGCAUCCUGUUUCCAUUGAUCAUCCUUGAGAUGUUUCUACAACUUGAUUGGAGUCCACCUGUGGUAAAUUCAAUUGAUUGGACAUGAUUUGGAAAGGCACACACCUGUCUAUAUAAGGUCCCACAGUUCACAGUGCAUGUCAGAGCAAAAACCAAGCCAUGAGGUCGAUGGAAUUGUCCGUAGAGCUCCGAGACAGGAUUGUGUCGAGGCACAGAUCUGGGGAAGGGUACCAAAACAUUUCUGCAGCAUUGAAGGUCCCCAAGAACACUGUGGCCUCCAUCAUUCUUAAAUGGAAGAAGUUUGGAACCACCAAGACUCUUCCUAGAGCAGGCCGCCCGGCCAAACUGAGCAAUCGGGGGAGAAGGGCCUUGGUCAGGGAGGUGACCAAAAACCAGAUGGUCACUCUGACAGAGCUUUAGAGUUCCUCUGUGGAGAUGGUUGUCCUUCUGGAAGGUUCUCCCAUCUCUGCAGCACUCCACCAAUCAGGCCUUUAUGGUAGUGGCCAGACGAAAGCCACUCCUUAGUAAAAGGCAAAUUACAGCCCGCUUGAAGUUUGCCAAAAGGCCCCUAAAGGAUUCUCAGACCAUGAGAAGCAAGAUUCUCUGGUCUGAUGAAACCAAGAUUGAUAUUUUUGCCUGAAUGCCAAGCGUCAUGUCUGGAGGAAACCUGACACCAUCCCUACGGUGAAGCAUGUUGGUGGCAGCAUCAUGCUGUGGGGAUCUUUUUCAGUGGCAGGGACUGGAAGAUUAGUCAGGAUUUAGGGAAAGAUGAACGGAGCAAAGUGCAGAGAGAUCCUUGAUGAAAACCUGCUCCAGAGCACUCAGGACCUCAGACUGGAGCGAAGGUUCACCUUCCAACAAGACAACGACCCUAAGCACACAGCCAAGACAACGCAGGAGUGGCUUCGGGAAAAGUCUCUGAAUGUCCUUGAGUGGCCCAGCCAGAGCCCGGACUUGAACCCGAUCUAACAUCUCUGGAGAGACCUGAAAAUAGCUUUGCAGCGACGUUCCCCAUCCAAUCUGACAGUGCUUGAGAGGAUCUGCAGAGAAGAAUGGGAGAAACUCCCCAAAUACAGGUGUGCCAAGCUUGUAGCAUCAUACCCAAGAAGACUUGAGGGUGUAAUCGCUGCCAAAGAUGCUUCAACAAAGUACUGAGUAAAGGGUCUGAAUACUAAUGGAAAUGUUAUUUUUUUUAAUUUUAUUUUUUUUAAAUAAAUAAAUGUGCACAAAUAUAUAGAAACCGGUUUUUGCUUUGUCAUUAUGGGGUAUUGUGUGUAGAUUGAUGAGGAAAAAAACAAAUGUAAUCAAUUUUAGAAUAAGGCUGUAACGUAACAAAAUGUGGAAAAAGUCAAGGGGUCUGAAUACUUUCCGAAUGCACCGUAUUGGUCAGGAAAACCUCCUGGACCUUAUCAUCAAAUAUGUAUUGGUCAGGUAAACCUCCUGGGCCUUAUCAUCAUCACAGAUGUAUAGGUCAUAGCGUCACUUUAUCUUUGCAGGGAUUUCCUCCAUUUCAUGGAGAAGGGGGUUUCUUUUAAGGAUCCUCUAGCAGGCUAAUUGUUUUCGAUGGGAUAUGGAGAGAGUGAAAGUAAAAGGUCUGUCAAGGUUGGUCCUCCCUAUGAAAGGACUGUCUAUCUCGGUUUAUGAAAAUCAUGUGCAUCUGAUUUGGGCAAGAAUUUGCUCAAAAAAAGAGUUGUCUCUUUCUGUCUCUCCCUCUGACACACAAUGAGAAACUGUAGUAAGUUUGCUGCAUUUUACAAUGUCGGAGUGUAUAAGAUAAUUAUUCAAAUCAAACCGAUACACUUGGGAAUAGAGCUGUACAGUACUUCUGACCAUCAUUUCAUCAUCUCCACAUCUGUAAACAUUCUCUAGGAGAGGCUCUCUUUAAGUAUUUAAGCCACUGUUUGGAAGACCUAAGAUAGUGGUUCCCAACUCCAGUCCUCGAGUCCCCCCAACUGCACACAUUGUUAUUGUAGUCCCAGACAAGCACACCUGAUUCAACUUGUCAAUGAAUCAUCAGGCCCUCAAUGAGUUGAAUCAGGCAUGAUUGUCCUGUGUGCUGUUGGGGUUACUGGAGGACCGGAGUUGGGCACCACUGGGACACACUGCAGUAUAUGCUUUUAAUGUGUGUAUAUUGUGACAACAUAUCAAUGUCUUAAAGCAUGCCAAUCAAAAUACGUAUGUGUAAGAGAAAAUAUAUUCUUAAACCAAUGGCUGUAAUAUCUGCUAAUAUCUAACCCAUAAUGCAAUUAAAUCAGUUGUCAUAGCAACGGAAGAAUAAUAACAUCCUUUCUCAAAAUAAAGCUAAAUAAAGAAACAGAAAUUAUUAUAUUUGUUUAUCUUUUCCACAGCAUAUCGACACCACGGGGGAUAUUUAGUUAAAUUGUCAUAGCAACAUCAGCUUAGGUACAGGUCAAAAUAAGAGAACUGUACUACAGUGUCACUAGGGAAACAAUGCGUUCCUUUUCCCAUUUGUGUGAAGGUAAACUGUAAACAUUAGACAUGCUCAGUGCCUUACAAGGCCAGAGGGAUCUCCCAAUGAACAGAGGAAUGCUGGGAGGAGAGGGAGGAGGGAGGGAAAGAGGGAUGGAAGCUAGCAGGGAUCUGGAAGUUCCAAUGGAAAAAGGAUCCUUCUAAUAAAAUUCCAGUUGCCCAGUUAUAAAAUCACAGUCAAAUUGCACACUGCCUUCGACUAGCUGGCAUGCAUGGCAGUUAAGUGGAACUGCUGUAUAACAGGGGUAGCAUGAGGUAACUGGCCCAUUGAGACUGGUGCUCUCACUCAGGCUAUGGAGAGCACUGUGAGAGCUGCUCAGAGCACUAUUACAGAGGAAUGUAUGGGUGUUGAGUUAUACUUAACAUUAAUUGAUAAAGGCUAUUUGUAUGUUGUCAGUUAUAUAUAUAAAAGACACCACCUAUGAGAUUGUUCAGUUUUUGUUGACAAGCAUUCUCUCUCGCUCUCCACCCCCUCUUUCCCUCCCAGAUGGAGCUGUCUGACCUGCUGAAGCCUAUCUCAGAGAAAAUCCAGGAGAUUCAGAACUUCCGGGAAUGUAACCGUGGCAGCAGCCAAUUCAACCACCUAUCAGCUGUCAGCGAGAGCAUCCCAGCGCUGGGCUGGGUCGCCGUGGUGAGGAGACAUCACUCACUCAUUCACAUAGGGAAACAACACAGGGCUCCAUUUCUAGUGAUCUUAAGCCAUCUUCUUCCUUGUAUGACCGCUCAUUCCUCCCCUUUGCUUUUCCGAGCUACCAGUUAAAAAAAAUAUCUAUUCUCUUGUAUUUUGGUAUAAUUUCAAGACCAUUACAUUUAUCAAAUCCCAUCUACUUGAGAUGCUGUGAUACUGCGAUACUAUGCGGAAACUGUGGUCUCUCAGAACAAGUCAAUGGUUUGCCAGGGAGCUGCUGUUUCACAUGAUUUGUGUCAAACCUGUUUGAAGGCUCAUGUCACCACAUUGUCUUGUGUCUUUGCUCUACACUAGCCAAAGCUACAUUUGGCCUAUCGUCUGUACAUACUGUAUAUAUCUUUGCUCUUGGCUACUGCACAGUGGUUUAAUGCACUUCUGCCCAAUGGAUGGUGACAUCAUAAUCGACUCCUCAUUUUUAUAUCCAUGUUUCAGUGAAUGCAGAGCAGAGAUGUCUAAAUUCAUACAUGGGGUCAGCUUUGUUUAACCACCUCUCUCUUUUUUUUCUCCUUCUCUCUCUCCUUCUCUCUUCCAGAGCCAGAAGCCAGUUCCCUAUGUGAAGGAGAUGAAUGAUGCUGCCAUUUUCUACACUAACAGAGUUCUGAAAGAGUAUAAAGAAUUGUGAGUAUGGAUGCUGGUACAUUACAACUUUAGCUUAUUAGCAACUUUGCAGAUUAUUGUUGCUCACUAAAAAUACCUGUCUGUCUUUUUCGCUCUCUGUGUAUUCGUCCUAAUCCAUCCCCCUUUUCCCUUGUCACCCUUUCUCUCUCCCUCUCUCUGUCUGUCUGUUGAUCUCUUUCUCUAUAGAGACAAGCGUCAUGUGGAGUGGGUGGGGUCCUACCUAUCCAUCUGGACUGAGCUUCAGGCCUUCAUCAAACAGCAUCAUACAACAGGCCUAGUCUGGAGCAAGACUGUGAGUAGCAGCGGCACUUAAGAUUUACAGGAAUAAUCAUCCAGUCCAGUGGAGGCUCCUCAGAGGAGAAAGGGGAGGACCAUCCUCCUCAGUGAAUUUAAUAAAAAUACAAAUUUUAAAACAUAAACAAAGUAUCAUUUUUAGAUAAAACUAUACUAAAUAUAAUCACGUGUCACCAAAUAAUUGAUUAAAACACACUAUUUUGCAAUGAAGUUCUACAGUAGCCUCAACAUCACUCUGUAGGGUAGCACCAUGGUGUAGCGGGAGGACAGCUAGCUUCUGUCCUCCUCUGGGUACAUUGACUUCAAUACAAAACCUAGUGAGCUCAUGGUUCUCACCCCCUUCCACAGUAAUUAUGAUAACUUCCGGAGGACGUCAUCCAACCUAUCAGAGCUCUUGCAGUAUGAACUGACAUGUUGUCCACCCAAUCAAAGGAUCAGAGAAUGAAUCUAGUACUGAAAGCAUAAGGUACAGCUAGCUAGCACUGCAGUGCAUAAAAUAUGGUGAGUAGUUGACUCCAAGAGAAAGUAAGACAAUAGUUGAACAGUUUUGAAUAAAAUAAUUUCUUCCAAAAUGAAGGAGAAGCAAGAGAGAGAGAGAGAGAGAGAGAGAGAGAGAUUUUGUUAAAGAAAAAUCACUUUCAGUUUCACUUACUUAGCUAGCAAAUGCAGCUAGCUAGUUUAGCCUACUCCAACACACUGUUCAAACAGAGGGAUGCUAUGUUAGCUAGCUGGCUAUGUCUAUCCAACACAACACUGGAACUCUUCCAAGUCAAGGCAAGCUUUUUGUUUUACUAAUUUAUUGCCACCAGGCCCGCCAGUGUAAGUGCUAAACUGCUUACUGACUGUACACUGUAACGUUACUGUAUGAUUAUAGCGGGUUUACUAACGUGUUAGCUAUAUUAGCUAUGUUGACUAUGACAUUACUUUAGCUAAUAUGGUGACAACAAUGUAGGCUGUGUGUAGCGGUUAUGAUAUGGUCUGGCUUGGAAAGUAUUUUUUGCCUGGUGUGUUGUGCAUUGUAGUCCACAAGCUAAGGGAAAAGGUGAGAGGAGGAGAGCACAUAGAUGCGAGAAGGAAUACAACGUGGCUGCUAUGAAAGUGAACUGUGUUUAUGCGUGAUCAGGGGUGUGUUCAUUCCGCCGAUUCUAUUGCAAAACGUUUCUUAAAUGGAAGCAAACGGAACAAAACAGGGAUAAACAUACCUGAAUUUGUCCAAUAGAAACUCUUGUUUGCAACGUUUGGACUAAUGAUUACACCCUAUAUCAGCUAGAUGCAGGCAAGAGUGUGCAAGGCGGUAUUGAAUGUGUCACUGUCUGUCCAUGUGUCACUGUCUGUCACCUCAACAUUAUCUCUCAAUCUGUGUGCACCUACGUUGUAAACUUUCCUUCAUAGGCUAAAUUGUAGCAACCUCAUGAUGGGUACAGGGAAAAUGUGAGUAUCAUGUAGUAGCCUAAUCCUAUCACUGUUACAUUGAGCUGGGUGAAUGGAAUAUGAAUGAGAGUCAUCCAAUAUGCUGUAAAAGAAAUAAGGCCAUGCUCAUCGUCCUCCCUCAUCUUAAACGGCACUGACCACCACUGUAAUCAUCACUUACUAACUAAACUGUGUAACUAUAUUAUCACAUUAUGACUACAACUCUAACGCUUCAGUUCACACAGUACAUACAGUGGGGUCCGAAUUAUUGACACCCUUGAUAAAGAUGAGCAAAAAUGACUAUAUAAAAUAAAUAAUUAAAAUACUCAGCUAUAUUGUACGCUCCAAAAAAUUGGGAAAUUAUAUUAUUUUAUACUAAUACAAUUGCUCUGAGAAAUACAAUAAAGUAAUAGAUUUUUUUCUUAAAGGUAGGUGUCAAAUUAUUGACACCUCUGUUUUCAAUAAUUUUCAAUACCCCACCUUGCGAGGAUAACGGCACUGAGACUUUUUCUAAAAUGUUUUAUGAGUUGGAGAACACAUUGGGAAGGAUCUUAGACUAUUCCUCCAUACAGAAUCCUUCCAGAUCCUUGAUAUCAUUUGUCUGUGCUCUUCAGGUUUUCAAUGGGGUUCAAGUCUGGAGACUGAGAUGGCCAUUGCAAAAUAUAGAUUUUGUGGGCAAUUAACAAUUUCUUUGUGGAUUGUAAUGUUAAGGUGAGGUAUUGAAAACAGGGGUGUCAAUAAUUUUGACCCCUACCUUUUUGGGGAAAAACAGUACUACUUGUUAAACAAAAUCUCUUUCUCAGAACAAUUGUAUUAGUCUAAAAUAAUAUAAUUUCCCAUUUUUUUGGAGCGUAAAAUAUAGCUGAGUAUUUUAAUUAUUUAUUUUAUAUAGUCAUUUUUGCUCAUCUUUAUCAAGGGUGUAAAUCAUUUCGGACUCCACUGUAUGUUAUCAUCAUGUUGUAACUGUGCUGUAAAACAGUUACAUGAAGACAUAUAAUGGAUAGUUAAUGUCUUAUAUUACAGUGCUUCAGCAGCACUAUGAUCCUCUAGCUAGCCAACGUCCAGUGGGGCAUUCCCUCUACAUUCCAUUAUCUAUGUGUUACAGCAGCAAAUAGCUCCUGAUCCAACCUCCUCAACACUGCCCUCAGCACUUUGACUUGUUGGAGGAAUAGGGCCAGGGCCAGGAGUUUUUCAUGACUGUGUGACCUGAGAAGGAAAAACUCGGUUCCCACUGCCUGACUUCUCAGGACUUUUAUCUGACGUUGGAUAAAUAGGCCCAGAAUUCCCUGCUUUUUCCGUGAUUAGGUCACAUGGUCAGAAAACGCUCCUGGCCCUAUGGAUUAACUAUAACCUUGCUUGCCAUGCAGGUUUGAACAGGCGGGAACAAGACUCAAUGAAUUACAGCUCGCCUUGAGACAUAAUCGUCUCUGACUAUUUUGGAGUCGUCCAAUUGUUUUCAUGUGCAGCAGAGCCUCAGAUGUUGUUUUCUGUUGUUUUAUUUUUGAAGCGGUAUAGGGCUGCUGCCCAUAUGGUACCCUAUUACCUACAUAGAGCCCAUAGGCUCUGGUCAAAAGUAGUGCACUAAAUAGGGAAUAUGGUGCCAUUUUGGGAUGUCUUUCUCAUGUUAAUAACUCCACAGUGUAUAUUUCCAUGUGUAGUUAUGCAGGCAGGCAGCUAGUUGCGAAAGAACCAGCUUGUAUGAAUGACUUGGUCCCUAGUGUUCUGGUGGCUGCUUUGUGGUUCUCAAUUGAGCAAUUGUAGAGUCAACCCCCUGCCUCCGUCCCAUCAUCAACCCACUGUUUGUGAAAGUCUUCUAUCCUAUGCUUUCCGUUUUCUUCAUCUACUACUCUUUGUCCUUUUGUUCAAACAAAAGGAGAAGGAGAAAAGGAGGGAAAGGAGAACAGAGAGAGGAAAAAGGAGAAAGAGGAAAAAGGGACAAGAAAGGAAAAAGAGUAUAAGGGAAAAAGAGAAAAAGAUUCAGAAAGAUAGAGAUGAAAAGGGAAAGAUGACAUCAUACAUAGCGUUUGAUGAUGGUGACAAAGGGAAAGGGUCGAAGAGCUUCCCCCGCUCUCUCACCCUUCUCCCCUCUUCCCCCCUUCUCCCCCCUUCUCCCUCUCUCUUCCCCCCUUCUCCCUCUCCCUUUUCUCUCUGGCAGGUAUCCAAUCAGAAAUCAUAUUCCUGCAUCCAGUGGAAGUGAUGCGUUUAUUUGUUUGGCUUUUUGCGUGAUAAUAAAAUUAAAAGUAAAACUCCUUGAAAACUUCACAUUUCUCUAAACCCGAAAGAGUGUUGAACUCAGGUCAAGGCAACUGUCUGUUUCAGUGAUCUGCCAUAAUCCUCUAUGUGGUCCUUUGAGGCACAUAGGCUGUCACACAAUUUGGUGGAUUGAAAGUGUGUGUGUGUGUGUGUAUGGAGGGAAACCUGACAGCGUGCGGUGACUUUGUGUCAGCUGUCCCUCCUGCCGUUAGGUGUCAGGGUUUUUGUGUGUGCGUGUGUGUGUGUGUGUGUGUGUGUGUGUGUGUGUGAAGGAUUGUGUGGCGUGGACAGGUGGUCCUCAGGUUGGACUUGAAUGGAGGUUUUCUUCAUCAAAGAAAGCCCCAACAAAAGCCCUGUGAGUCUCAGGCCCUACACACCUGCUCCAACACACCCCACAACAUAACUUAAACUACUGGGCUUUUUUCUCAUCUAAUCUGUCUGCUUCUGUUCAGAGGGGCAGGGACACACUGUCACACACCCUCACACGCAGACACACACACGUUGUGUAUUCACACAAACUACACACACACAAGAGCGUGCACACACACACACACAGCUCUGGAUUCAAUCCGUAUCGCAGAAGUAUCGUGGAAAAUCUGUGUUAUAACUCGAUUAAAAUUUAAAGGCAAUGUUCAUGGCGACUGCGUUCGCGGUAAUAGCUGCAUAUGUCAGCUCAACCGGAAAUGACCUUUCAAUUUUUAUGCGGAUCUUCCAUGAUACGGAAUGAAUCCAGCCCUUAAUUUCAUUGCACUCAGCUUUAACCCUUGGGCAUUUGCUUAGCUGAUAACUGUAAUACAACGGUGUUGUUUUGUAAUGAUAUGUACCACACAUGUCACAGGUCAGAGGUUGAGUACUGUCAGCUGGACCUCAUAGACUGCUGAACCUCCAAUAAACUACGACACCAAUCACCAGUACAUCAGUCUCACACUGGCUGCAGUGGUACAUGCGUGGUGUGUGUGUGCGCUCGUGCGUGUGCAUGUGUGCGUGCAUGCGUGUGGGGGGGGGUUGUUGUACAGUUGCUGCGGCUUGUUUGAGCAUGUGUAACUUUCCUUGGCAGCUGUGCAGUCAGAGACAGACAGACACAAAGAGAGACAGAGAGAGAGUCUGCUUGUCUUUCCUGGAGUUGGCAGGCAGGUGGCUUUACUUUCAUGCUCAUUAGCUUGGUCAGUAAGGCUCUCAGUGAGAAAAAAUGCAUUUGGAGUAAAGGUUGACCAAAGUCCCUGUCGCAGCAGGACUUAGGCUGGGAUUCAAUCCAAUCUGCCUUAGAUUCGUGUUAUAGCACGCUUGACAUUAAAGGUCAUUUCUGAUUGACCCCACAUAUGCAGCGUUUACCGUGAAUGCGAUCUUUGCGAAUGCGGGAACAUUGCCUUUAAAAGCUGCAUUGUCACAACCUACAGUCGGAUUGAAUCCCAGCCUUAGGUCUACACUUUUCACCAUAUACAUAUAUAAACAUCAAGAACAGCACCCUGACACAUUGAUAGUUAAGGUUCCUAUUGGCCAAGGGCGGACAACUCUGGUCCUGGAGAGCUGGAGGGACAGGGUUUGCAGGCGUUUGUUCCAACCCAGCUUUGACGUUGGCCACCUCUGCUAUAAGAAACCAGUUGAAUAUGAAGACCCUCAACUAUUUGUCCUAUACUCCACCUGCUGGCCAACAACUGUAGUUCCAGAACGCUUCACCAUCAUCUUGUCUUGAUUCACAGACAGUAACACGCCUCUCUCUAUCUCUCAACACAGGGUCCCAUUGCCCCUCCCUCUCUGUUCGCCCCUGCCCCUGGCGGUCCCUGCCCCCCUCCACCACCCCCAACCCCUGGACCCCCACCAGUAUUCACAGGUGAACUGCCCCAGGCCGACAGCACCAUGGCCCAGCACUUGGCUCUCUUCGCCCAGCUGAACCAAGGAGAAGCCAUCACUAAAGGUAGCCAAGCCACCAUCACCCAGGGGUUGAAGAGCAGGGGAGGGAGGGAGAGAGGGAGGGAGGGAGGGAGAAAGUGAGGGAGAGUUGUGGGUUGAAUCAACAGUUACAGAGUCCUGAGAGCACCACUGCCCAGCUGAACCAGGGAUCUGACAUCACUAAAGGUAGCCGAGGAAGGAGGAGGAGAAACAGAAGGAGAAAGUGAGGGAGAAUUGAAGAGAGUUGCUGUGUUGUGAGGACAUAGAAAUAGUCAUUAUAUUUCUAUGCUGUGUUUAUUAAACAACAGUUAGGGUCAAAGUUUCUCAAAUGUAGAUUUGUUAGUCAUUUUGUUAUACAUUUUUGUACUAAAACAAUAACUUAUUACAAGUAAGUAUCCUCUCUCUGUUCACUAGCGUUAAAGCACGUCUCAAAGGACCAGAUGACCCAUAAGAACCCUGCCCUUCGCUCCCAGGGAGGGGAGAAUCACGCCUCCCCAUCCAAGAGCCGGAAUCCCGGAGGCUCCUCCAACAUAGCGCCGCCCCAGAAACGACCCCCACUGCUGGAGCUGGAGGGGAAGAAAUGGAGGGUGGUACGUUACCUAGUAUCUUGCCUCACCUGCCAGGUUUCUAAGUUGUCCUAUUAUCUAAAUGGAGGACAUAGAGGAUCUUAAAGAAUAUCUGUUGAGUCAGGAAAGUUUAGGUGCUUCUCACAGAUUCAAUUACCAAGACUGCUGUUAGUGUGACAGUACUUUUUCGGAGGCGAUUGUGAUGUCUGGUGCUGAACCCAAUGAGGUCAUCCAAAGGUGAAGGGUCAAACUGGAGAGAGGUCAUACGGUCACAGGUCUUGUUUGUUGUUUCUCCCCACAGGAGUACUUUGACCAGGCUCAUGACCUGGUUAUCGAGGAGCCAGAGCUGAGACAGGUGGCCUAUGUCUUCUGCUGCAGCAACUCUACUCUACAGAUAAAGGGAAAGAUCAACUCCAUCAUUGUGGGUGAGUUCAGCCAUCUGUUGUAUUACUUCUGAGUUGAUAAUACUAUAUUUCUGUUAUUAAGUUUGAUGAUUUACAGUGGGGAAAAAAAGUAUUUAGUCAGCCACCAAUUGUGCAAGUUCUCCCACUUAAAAAGAUGAGAGAGGCCUGUAAUUUUCAUCAUAGGUACACGUCAACUAUGACAGACAAAAUGAGAAAAAAAAUACCAGAAAAUCACAUUGUAGGAUUUGUAAUGAAUUUAUUUGCAAAUUAUGGUGGAAAAUAAGUAUUUGGUCACCUAUAAACAAGCAAGAUUUCUGGCUCUCACAGACCUGUAACUUCUUCUUUAAGAGGCUCCUCUGUCCUCCACUCGUUACCUGUAGUAAUGGCACCUGUUUGAACUUGUUAUCAGUAUAAAAGACACCUGUCCACAACCUCAAAAAGUCACACUCCAAACUCCACUAUGGCCAAGACCAAAGAGCUGUCAAAGGACACCAGAAACAAAAUUGUAGACCUGCACCAGGCUGGGAAGACUGAAUCAGCAAUAGGUAAGCAGCUUGGUUUGAAGAAAUCAACUGUGGGAGCAAUUAUUAGGAAAUGGAAGACAUACAAGACCACUGAUAAUCUCCCUCGAUCUGGGGCUCCACGCAAGAUCUCACCCCGUGGGGUCAAAAUGAUCACAAGAACGGUGAGCAAAAAUCCCAGAACCACACGGGGGGACCUAGUGAAUGACCUGCAGAGAGCUGGGACCAAAGUAACAAAGCCUACCAUCAGUAACACACUACGCCGCCAGGGACUCAAAUCCUGCAGUGCCAGACGUGUCCCCCUGCUAAAGCCAGUACAUGUCCAGGCCCGUCUGAAGUUUGCUAGAGUGCAUUUGGAUGAUCCAGAAGAGGAUUGGGAGAAUGUCAUAUGGUCAGAUGAAACCAAAAUAUAACUUUUUGGUAAAAACUCAACUCGUCGUGUUUGGAGGACAAAGAAUGCUGAGUUGCAUCCAAAGAACACCAUACCUACUGUGAAGCAUGGGGGUGGAAACAUCAUGAUUUGGGGCUGUUUUUCUGCAAAGGGACCAGGACGACUGAUCCGUGUAAAGGAAAGAAUGAAUGGGGCCAUGUAUCGUGAGAUUUUGAGUGAAAACCUCCUUCCAUCAGCAAGGGCAUUGAAGAUGAAACGUGGCUGGGUCUUUCAGCAUGACAAUGAUCCCAAACACACCGCCCGGGCAACAAAGGAGUGGCUUCGUAAGAAGCAUUUCAAGGUCCUGGAGUGGCCUAGCCAGUCUCCAGAUCUCAAUCUUUGGAGGGAGUUGAAAGUCCGUGUUGCCCAGCGACAGCCCCAAAACAUCACUGCUCUAGAGGAGAUCUUCAUGGAGGAAUGGGCCAAAAUACCAGCAACAGUGUGUGAAAACCUUGUGAAGACUUACAGAAAACGUUUGACCUGUGUCAUUGCCAACAAAGGGUAUAUAACAAAGUAUUGAGAAACUUUUGUUAUUGACCAAAUACUUAUUUUCCACCAUAAUUUGCAAAUAAAUCCUACAAUGUGAUUUUCUGGAAUUUUUUUUCUCAUUUUGUCUGUCAUAGUUGACGUGUACCUAUGAUGAAAAUUACAGGCCUCUCUCAUCUUUUUAAGUGGGAGAACUAAGUGGCUGACUAAAUACUUUUUUCCCCCACUGUAUACUGCAACGUCAUUUACAGUGGACAAUUUCUUUGUCAGCUUUGACAGUAUCAUUCCUGUAUCUCUCUCCCUCACUGAUUUCAUGUUUUCCUAUGAUGUUCACCUCUGACAGAUAACUGCAAGAAGCUUGGUCUGGUGUUUGACAGUGUUGUUGGCAUUGUGGAAAUCAUCAACUCAAAGGACAUUCAGUUGCAGGUCAGCUCAAAUUUCAUACAUGUUCAAGCAAAUAACACACAGUUUGCUCUCUUUCCUCUCUGCACCUGAAGUUCAGCUUCAAUGUACCUGCAAUAAACCUAUCAUAGAUGUAUAGUACUGACAAGCUUCAAUAAACCUAUCAAAUCAAAUUUUAUUUGUCACAUGCGCCGAAUACAGGUGUAGACCUUACAGUAAAAUGCUUACUUACAAGCCCUUAACCAACAAUGCAGUUUUAAGAAAAAUAAGUGUUAAGUAAAAAAUAGAUAACUAAAAAAGAAAAAUAACAAAUAAUUAAAGAGCAGCAGUAAAAUAACAGUAGCGAGGCUAUAUACAGGGGGUACCGGUACAGAGUCAAUGUGCGGGGGCACAGGUUAGUCGAGGUAAUUGAGUAGUACAGUUGAAGUCGGAAGUUUACAUACACUUAGGUUGGAGUCAUUAAAACUAGUUUUUCAACCACUCCACAAAUUUCUUGUUAACAAACUAUAGUUUUGGCAAGUCGGUUAGGACAUCUACUUUGUGCAUGACACAAGUAAUUUUUCCAACAAUUGUUUACAAACAGAUUAUUUCACUUAUAAUUCACUGUAUGACAAUUCCAGUGGGUUCCAGUUGACUGUGCCUUUAAACAGCUUGGAAAAUUCCAGAAAAUGAUGUCAUGGCUUUAGAAGCUUCUGAUAGAGCUGGUGUAACUGAGUCAGGUUUGUAGGCCUCCUUGCUCGCACACACUUUUUCAGUUCUGCCCACAAAUGUUCUAUAGGAUUGAGGUCAGGGCUUUGUGAUGGCCACUCCAAUACCCUGACUUUGUUGUCCUUAAGCCAUUUUGCCACAAUUUUGGAAGUAUGCUUGGGGUCAUUGUCCAUUUGGAAGACCCAUUUGCGACCAAGCUUUAACUUCCUGACUGAUGUCUUGAGAUGUUGCUUCAAUAUAUACACAUCAUUUUCCUUCCUCAUGAUGCCAUCUAUUUUGUGAAGUGCACCAGUCCCUCCUGCAGCAAAGCACCCCCACAGCAUGAUGCUGCCACCCCCGUGCUUCAUGGUUGGGAUGGUGUUCUUCGGCUUGCAAGCGGCCCCCUUUUUCCUCCAAUCAUAACGAUGGUCAUUAUGGCCAAACAGUUCUAUUUUUGUUUCAUCAGACCAGAGGACAUUUCUCCAAAGGGUAUGAUCUUUGUCCCCAUGUGCAGUUGCAAACCGUAGUCUGGCUUUUUUAUGGUGUUUUGGAGCAGUGGCUUCUUCCUUGCUGAACGGCCUUUCAGGUUAUGUCGAUAUAGGACUUGUUUUACUGUGGAUAUAGAUAAUUUUGUACCCGUUUCCUCCAGCAUCUUCCAAAGGUCCUUUGCUGUUGUUCUGGGAUUGAUUUGCACCUUUCGCACCAAAGUACGUUCAUCUCUAGGAGACAGAACGCGUCUUCUUCCUGAGCGGUAUGACGGCUGCGUGGCCCCAUGGUGUUUAUACUUGCGUACUAUUGUUUGUACAGAUGAACGUGGUACCUUCAGGCGUUUGGAAAUUGCUCCCAAGGAUGAACCAGACUUGUGGAAGUCUACCAUUUUUUUUCCUGAGGUCUUGGCUGAUUUCUUUUCAUUUUCCCAUGAUGUCAAGCAAAGAGGCACUGGGUUUGAAGGUAGGCCUUGAAAUACACCCACAGGGACACCUCCAAUUGACUCAGAUGAUGUCAAUUAGCCUAUCAGAAGCUUCUAAAGCCAUGACAUCAUUUUCUGGAAUUUUCCAAGCUGUUUAAAGGCACAGUCAACUUAGUGUAUGUAAACUUCUGACCCACUGGAAUUGUGAUACAGUGAAUUAUAAGUGAAAUAAUCUGUCUGUAAACAAUUGUUGGAAAAAUUACUUGUGUCAUGCACAAAGUAGAUGUCCUAACCGACUUGCCAAAACUAUAGUUUGUUAGCCCCGUGUAGCUCAGUUGGUAGAGCAUGGCGCUUGCAACGCCAGGGUUGUGGGUUCGAUUUCCACGGGGGGCCAGUAUGAAAAAAAAAAUGUAUGCACUCACUAACUGUAAGUCGGAUAAGAGAGUCUGCUAAAUGACAAAAAAUGUCAAAAACUAAUAAAUAAAAAUGUUAACAAGAAAUUUGUGGAGUGGUUGAAAAAUGAGGAUUAAUGACUCCAACCUAAGUGUAUGUAAACAUCCGACUUCAACUGUAGGUAUAUGUAUAGUACUGACACAUUUCAAUAAACCUAUCAUAGAUGUAUAGUACUGGCACGCUUCAAUAAACCUAUCAUAGAUGUAUAGUACUGGCACGCUUCAAUAAACCUAUCAUAGAUGUAUAGUACUGACACAUUUCAAUAAACCUAUCAUAGAUGUAUAGUACUGGCACGCUUCAAUAAACCUAUCAUAGAUGUAUAGUACUGGCACGCUUCAAUAAACCUAUCAUAGAUGUAUAGUACUGACACGUUUAUUUUUAUAUGUUAUGUUGGGCCAUGAGUUAGGUGCCUCUGAGUUAGGGCCAUGAGUUUUUUCCUGGUCAGGUUACGUGGUCAGGAAAAAUUACUGUCCCUAGACUAGUUAUAAGAUGGAAGUAUCUGUGCUGAUACUCUGCCCCACUUUUGUCCAGGUGAUGGGUAAAGUUCCCACCAUCUCCAUCAACAAGACAGAGGGCUGCCAAGUCUACCUGAAUAAGGACGCUCUGGACUGUGAGAUCGUCAGCGCCAAGAGCUCCGAGAUGAACAUCCUGGUACCGCAGGACGACGACUAUGUGAGUGUGUGUUAGUGUGUGUGUGUGUGUGUGUGUGUGAGAGAGAGAGAGAGAUAGUGUAAGUAUGAGACUGAGUGAGAGUGUGUCUGAGUGUUGUUUUAUUUUUAACAUCGUCUGUUUAACAGAGGGAGUUCCCAGUUCCUGAGCAGUUCAAGACCGUUUGGGACGGGUCCAAACUGGUGACAGAACCCACAGAGAUUGCUGGCUGA